GGCGGCGGGGGCGGCGGCCUCUGUCCCGGCCCGGGGGAUGCUGCCGGGCCCGGCCCUCUGGCGUGGUGCUCCCUGCCAACUUUUCCCGGUUGUUGUCCGGACCCGGGCUGGCUCCGCCCGCUGCCGCCGGCGCCACGGGGCCACAGGGGCAGCCCCGCUGUUCACCUGGCCGCGCCGGGCCGGGCUGUUCCCCGGGGGACCCGACCCGCCCGUGUUCCGUCCCUGGAGCGAGCAGAGCCCGCGGAGCUGCCCCAGCCCUGCCUGGGGAGCUGCCCCAGCCCUGCCCGAGCCGUGCCCGCGGAGCUGCCCGAGCCGUGCCCGCGGAGCUGCCCGAGCCGUGCCCGCGGAGCUGCCCGAGCCCUGCCCCAGCCCUGCCCCAGCCCUGCCCGCAGAGCGCUGCCCGCGGCACCCCGGAGCAGCAGCGUCCCCGAAGCCCAAGGCGUUGAAGCCGUGGAGCGGGCCCCUUGGUUUGGCUCUGCGUUGGUGCUCAGCCGUCGAUGGAAGAAGUGGUACCAAAGUGGCCAUUAAGAAAUUGUAUCGCCCGUUUCAGUCUGAGCUCUUUGCCAAACGAGCUUACCGAGAGCUGCGUCUCCUGAAACACAUGAAGCAUGAAAACGUCAUUGGAAUUUUGGAUGUAUUCACACCUGAUGUAACACUGGAGAAGUUUAAUGAUUUCUACCUUGUCAUGCCAUUUAUGGGAACAGACUUGAGUAAGAUAAUGAAGCAUGAGAAAUUAACUGAAGAUCGAAUCCAGUUCCUGGUAUAUCAGAUGCUGAAAGGUUUAAAGUAUAUUCACUCAUCAGGCAUAAUUCACAGGGAUCUAAAACCUGGAAACUUGGCAGUAAAUGAAGACUGUGAAUUGAAGAUCCUGGAUUUCGGACUGGCAAGGCAUACAGACAGUGAGAUGACUGGCUAUGUGGUUACAAGGUGGUACAGAGCUCCAGAGGUCAUACUUAACUGGAUGCAUUACACUCAGACAGUUGACAUCUGGUCUGUGGGCUGUAUAAUGGCUGAGAUGAUAACAGGGAGACCACUGUUCAAGGGAAAUGAUCAUUUGGACCAACUCACAGAAAUAAUGAAAAUAACAGGUACACCAACUCAAGAUUUUGUUCAAAAAUUGCACAGUCAAGAUGCAAAAAACUAUAUCAAAAGCCUCCCAAAAGUCCAGAAGAAAGAUUUUGCAUCCAUCUUGAAGUAUGCAAAUCCUUUGGCUGUAAACCUUUUGGAGAAGAUGCUGGUGCUGGAUGCAGAGAAGCGAGUCACGGCAGCUGAGGCUUUGAUGCAUCCUUACUUUGAACCAAUUCACGAUCCCGAGGAAGAAAUUGAAGCUGAGAAAUAUGAUGACACAUUUGAUAACAUGGAUCUUCCACUGGAUGAGUGGAAGCGCAUUACAUAUAAAGAGAUACUGAACUUCAAGCCACCACAGACAUCGGACUCAAAGGAGACAGCAGUGUAAUUUUAUGGCUCAGAACAUUGUAUUUUCAGAACGCUGAGGAAGACAGAAAAGUUGUAAAUGUUUGUGACAUUUCAGGUGUAUAAAACUUUUUAUAAGUAAGCGCUAUGUAAUCUGUUUCAUCUGCACUGUAAGAAAGAGCAAUGUCCUUUACUCUGCAUAUGGAAGUUGGAGCCUUUGGGAGUAGCAUUUCAAAAAUAUCCAGAAACUUAUUUCUGCCUACAACUUCUUCCUUCUGCAUGAGAGGACUCAGACUGCAAUAACCUGGUGCCAUCCUCAAAAGAGCAGGACCAAUUGUUCAACUCAGAGAUCAGAAGUGUGCAAGUCACCACCCCAGGCAAGCUGAGAACACAGUAUGUCUGAUGUGCUGUGACUGCUCUCCAAGGCCACUGAACUGUCAUGAAUGCAAGAAGCAUUCAUGUGACCUCCUCUGGAGUAUUUCACUUUGCUCAGGUGCCAGGGAAGGCGAAUCAUCUUCUCUUACCUCAGGGACUGCAGUGGGUGGCAGAGACGCAGCCCAAACCAGUGCCUGCGUCCCCUGUCCUGUGUGAGAAGAAGAGAACCUCAGGAGUGUUGGUGUCCUAGAUUCUUUUCAAAGUAACCAGCACAGCAGGACAAGAUUUCAUAAACUUGCUAGAUGAACAGUCACUGGAUAUAUAAUCACUGUAUAAUAUUUUUCUCUAAAUACAGUGCAUUUUUUUUUCUAUAUUAGAUUAGAGAUCAAGGUUUUCCAGGGAGGAAUUCUUCAGAUUUUCUAAAAUUUUGUAAGCUCUUUAGCAUUUUAGAUUGAAAUUAUCUCAGACAAUCAGCAGUGCUGAUUUUAAAAAUAAAGCUGCAUGUGGGUCACUUUAUAGAAAAUGAAAUGAGGACCAAAAUGAUACACUGCAGCUCUUUGUCAGGAAUACCUGCAGCAGGCUGGUUUUUCUCACAUUAUACAAAGCUGUUACCAGGUGAAGAAUAGCAAUUAUUCCCUUUUUUUACCCUUUUGAACUCUUCUUACUUGGAAAAACCUUCAGACCUUUUGUUGAGAGGUACCUUAGCAGAAGGAGUCGGCUUCCUGAUGGGAUAGAUUGGUUAGAUGCUUCCUGAGUUCCUCUCACUGUCCUGUUACUGUAUUUUCCCAGGUGUUUUGUUCAUAAGGGUCUCUGAGAAAUGGGAAGAAGAAUUGGCAAACCUUUGUGAGGAAUUUCUCUGUGAAAUUGCUCUUCUUUCUUAUAGGUAGUAUCUUCACAAUUGAGUGUGUGGAUGUGGGUUAUUCCCCAUGUAAUACAUUGUGUAUGUUACUACUGAGUGAAAUGAAUGUGAAAGACAUUUGAUCUUAGCAUGUAGUAACUGGAAAAAAAGAAGAAAAUACUUGGGAUUUUUUUGCUUUAAUAUCCAAUAUAAACCGUAAGUUUAAUAAAGGCACAGUUAUUCUGUUUCUUUCAAGGAAUGUUUGAAUUAAACACCUGUAAAUAUUAGCAUUUGUUUAAUAAUUGUGAUGAGAGUUGAUUAGCUGAGGUGGACACCUAGAGAGACUAAACAGUAACAGAAACAUUAAAUUAAUGUAUUUGACAAGUCAUUAAAAACUACAGUUUCAGGAAUGCAUGAAAAAAAGUCAGAGAAUGUAAAUUGAAUCAAAAGAUUUUUCCAAACUACAAGUUCCUUACAGAGGAAGGCAUACUUAAGAGUCAUAUCCCAUUUUGCACUAUGGACUUCCUGCUUGGUCUACACUUCUGUGUGAAAUAGAAACUUUAUCUUUUACAGAAUAGCUGUUUUCUCUUAGGAUCAUGUUCUGUGGUCUUCUUAAAAGUCACGGGAGAAAAGUGCCUAUUGGAAUUAGUGAUGUUGAUAGACCAAGUCAAUGGGAAAUGAAAAAUGUCAAACACUUACUUGAAAAUGCUGCCUCUGUAUUUUAAAUGGAUUUCAACACCCUAAAUUAUAGCAAAUGCCUGAAGUCUGGAGAUAAUGCAGAUGGCUCAAAUAUUAGUCAGAUUAGGAGAGACCAUUUUUUAAUUGAAAAACUGCUUUGCAUUUUCUUCCUAAAGGCCAACGCUUCAGUGGGCAUUUCCACAAAGUCAAGCCUUAAAAUCCUCCAUUGGCUGAGAUGAACAUUUCCCUCUCUUAAUUUUAACUUAGCAUUGGAGAAGCAGCCAGGACACAUGAGAAAGACAUAAGAUAAUGUUAGCUUUCCUUGGUAGUGGAGAAAUACAGAACUCUUAAAAUGAUGGAAGACUUUGAUGCAUAUGUUAGCAAAGACAGAAAAUACUGGUGCCAUCAGCAAAUGGCAAAGGCAACAUCCAGUUGGUCAAGAAAUUUCUGUAAAGAGAUCGAAUUCUGCGGAAAUGGCUCCAAAUGGCAAUAGGGGUCAUUAAAAGAACUGUGAGGUGAAAGCAGAAAUACUUCGAGGAGAAGCAGCUGCUACUCCAAAGGGAGAGUUCCUAGGUUUUCAUUAGCUAUUCCUACUGGUGUUAAGCAACUCAGGUAUAAGAACCCAAUUUCUGUUUGCCUUAAAAGAGAAAUGUAAAUACUUUCUGCAUGUACAUGAAAUGUGUUGUGACAAAUAAAGGUUGUGAAUUUGUUUUUUA